AUGCACGGCGUAACACUAGCCCCGAAGAUUUCGGGCAAACACAACCCAGACGGCCAAAAUGAGGCUCAUGUCGAGAACCUCCAGACGGCUCUCCCUGGACUGAACGAAAAGGAUGCCCUCGCCGUCGCCCAGGCCGGAGGGUGGGAGGUUGAUGCUCUCAUCGACAGCUUGGAGCGUGAGCUGGAGGCUGCCGGCGGAGUCAAGAAGGGUAUCUUCGAUCUCGAGUUCAGCAACACCAAGUACUUCACCUGGCUCAUCGUCGCCUUCGCCUCCAUGGGUGGUCUUCUCUCUGGUCUUGACCAGUCCCUGAUUUCUGGUGCCAACCUUUUCCUGCCCGGCGACCUUGGUCUUACGGACCGCCAGAACAGUUUGGUCAACUCUGCUAUGCCUCUCGGUGCCGUUGGUGGUGCCCUUAUCCUCAGUCCCUGCAACGAAUACCUCGGAAGAAGAAUGUCGAUUAUCAUCUCUUGCGUCCUCUACACCAUUGGUGCUGCUCUCUGCGCUGGCGCCAUGAACUUUGGCAUGAUCGUCUCCGCUCGCGUCAUCCUUGGCAUGGGUGUUGGUCUUGAGGGUGGUACUGUUCCCGUCUACGUUGCCGAGACUGCCGAGCGUCGCAUUCGUGGAAAUGUUGUGUCCCUCUACCAGCUCAACAUCGCCCUAGGUGAGGUUCUUGGUUAUGCUGUCGCUGCCAUGUUCCUUCACGUCAAGGGUAACUGGCGCUUCAUUCUCGGCUCUUCUCUUCUCUUCUCCUCCAUCAUAUUCCUCAUGCACAAGGGCAAGACUCUUGAAGCCUACAAAGUGUGGAAGCGCAUUCGUGGUACCUCCACACCUGAGGCCAGGGAGGAGUUUUUCAUCAUGAAGGUCUCUGUUCUCGAUGAGCAGCGGGUUGUCUCGGAGGGUGCUAAGAACAAGCGCUUCCCUUGGAUGGACUUCUUCACCGUCCCUCGCGCUCGUCGUGCUCUCAUCUACGCCAACAUCAUGAUCCUCCUUGGUCAGCUGACCGGUGUCAACGCCAUCAUGUACUACAUGUCCAUUCUCAUGCAGCAGAUUGGCUUCAACGACGAGAAGGCUACUUACAUGUCUCUUGUCGGUGGUGGUUCCCUCCUCAUUGGUACCAUUCCUGCCGUCAUGUACAUGGAGAAGUUUGGUCGUCGCUUCUGGGCCAACACCAUGCUUCCUGGUUUCUUCGUUGGCCUUGUCAUUAUCGGUGCCAGCUACCAGAUCCCGACUACGACGAACACUACAGGUGCUGUCGCUUGCUACUUGGUCGGUCUGGCCUUGUACAUGAUGUUCUUCGGUUGCUAUGCAUGCUUAACAUGGGUGAUCCCCUCUGAGGUCUAUCCAACUUAUCUUCGAUCAUAUGGUAUGACCACAUCUUCUGGUCUGCUGUUCUUGUCCUCCUUCGUCGUCACAUACAACUUCACUGCCAUGCAGGAGGCUAUGACGCGCACGGGCCUUACACUAGGCUUCUACGGAGGCAUUGCCAUCAUUGGAUGGUUCUACCAGUGUAUUUUCAUGCCAGAGACGAAGAACCUGAGUCUUGAGGAGAUUGAUGUAUUAUUUGAAAAGCCUACGAGUGAAAUCGUCGCUAUGAAUAUGAAGGAGAUCUCUCGCGGCCUGAGCAGGAUCUGUGGAGGCGGUAAGAAGGAUACUACAUCUGCUGGCCGCGAGAUGGAAGUAGACGAAAAGAACGAGAAGGAAGUCAGCGCUUAG